GCCCCCCGGAUCCGCGACCUGGCCCUGGUCAACCUGCUGAAGAGUCUAUACUUCCUCGGGGUGCCCCCCCAGACGAAGGAGCUGCGCUCGGCCGAGCUGGAGCUGCGCUGGCGCCUGCGCGGCCUCUCCUACCGGCGCCUGGCCUCCCUGGCCACCUACCUGGCCGGCCACCGGCCGGAGGGAGGGGGCCAGGAGCCCCACGAGCUGCUGGCCGAGCUGUGGGCCCAGCUGGAGAUGCGCUGGGCCGAGAUCGAGGACGCCCCCACCAUCGCCAUGCUGCUGGCCAGGCAGGACUGCCUCUCGCCCCAACUCCGGGAUCGGCUGGAGGAUAAGGGCCUAGAGCUGGCCGCCCAUUUCUCCCCGGCCGACAUCCGCCGGAUCGCCGUCGCCUUGGCCCAGCGCAACCACCGUUCCUUGCCGCUGCUCCGGGCCAUCUCCUACCAUUUUGUCCAAAAGCAUUUCGCCGUCCCGCCGGAUGUCCUGCUGGAUUUGGCGUUCGCCUUCGGGAAGCUGAACUUCCACCAGACCCAGAUGUUCCAGAAGAUCUGCGCGGAUCUCCUGCCCCACCUGUCCGACUUGCCUCCGACGGACGUGGUCCGCUGCGUGAAGUCCUUCUCGUACCUCAAGUGGUUGAACCUGCCUUUCUUCGAGGCCUCGGCCGAGAUCAAGGUAGAGACAGGGGUGGUGGUGAAGGACCUUCUGAUCAAGGUAGAGACGAGGGUGAUGGUGAAGGACCUUCAGAUCAAGGUAGAGACGAGGGUGGUGGUGAAGGACCUUCAGAUCAAGGUAGAGACGAGGGUGGUGGUGAAGGACCUUCAGAUCAAGGUAGAGACGAGGGUGGUGGUGAAGGACCUUCAGAUCAAGGUAGAGAUGAGGGUGGUGGUGAACGACCUUCAGAUCAAGAUAGAGACGAGGGUGGUGGUGAAGGUCCUUCAGAUCAAGGUAGAGAUGAGGGGGGUGGUGAAAGACCUUCAGAUCAAGAGCCACCACAUCCUGGACGGUCAACUCAGCAGCCUCAAUCCGUCCUUGCUGGUCGACCUGGUCUGGUCGUUGUGCGUCUUGCAGCAAGCGGAAGCCGUCCACUUCCAGAGCGUUCUGCUGCCCAAGUUUUACUCCGGGUUCUUCGGAAACUGGACGCCGGCCCGGCAGAACACCUGGCUGAAACUGAUGCACAUCAACACCACGGCCCAGCUGGAGUCCCCGGGUUACGCCGGCCCCUUCCUCCCGUCGGACAAGCUGGGUCUCCAGGACUUGGGGGUCACCCGGACCCCCACUUCCCUCCAGACCGACGUCAACGCCGUCCUCGCCAAGCUGGCCGGCGAGGAGGCGAAGCUCCGCUUCAACGUGGACACGCCCUACGGCUGGAAGCUCGACGCCGAGAUGGUGCUGGACUCCGAAAACAAUCCGCUCCCAGUGGAUUCCUCGGUGCACCAGCCGUCCGUGGAGGCGGGGGGGAGAAGGCUUGCCUUUCUCCUCUGGGAGUUCCCCAAUUUCAGCAGCCGGAGUAAAGAUCUCCUGGGCCGCUUCGUGAUGGCCCGACGGCACAUCCAAACCGCUGGCUAUGUGGUGGUCGAGAUCCCUUACCACGAGUGGUUCAACCUGAACACGGACUGGAAGAAAACCCAAUAUCUCAAAGACAAGAUCCAGAAAUCCGUAACCAAAGAUCUGGCGGAAUAGGAACUCGGCUCGCCGGGACGUUUUUUCUCCGAAAAGGGACCCGAUGGAUGGGAUGCCGG